AUUCGACCUCCAAUAGAUGUCAGAGGGCGCAUUACCAAUGCACGCAUACAGUUGCUACAAAAGGUCUGCCUAAAGUAUAAUGGCCCGAAUGUGGGAAUUCUGACGGACUGCAUGGUACAAGCAUAGAGCUACAACCCAUCACGUAGAUUGUUCAUGAUCGAUCCACCUUGCACUAAGCUCAUGAACUCCGUGUCAUAUACACUCUACAUGUGGAUCAUCAUGGCAGGAUUAUUACUUGGACCAGUCUUGGGACUUCGUGGAAAAAGCCACACAAUUGAGAAUUUGGUGACAGAGUACCUUAGAGACGAAGGACAGUUGCAAAUUGAAGGGCGCACGAUUGUUUAUAAGGCCACAGUUCGAGAAUUUGCGUUCCCCGUCGUCUACGAUGCUACGGCGACAGAUACCGCGACAGGAAUCACAGCAAUCACGUCUGAGAGCGAGAGUUUCGAUGACCCUCAGGAUGCCUACCACAAGGCGGUUGCGAACCUGCUUGCCAUUCUCCGGCAAAGGGGUCUCAUGAAAAACAUGAAUUCCAAGAACAAACAGGAGUCAGUAGAAACAUCGGAACCAAAGACAGAACAGCCAGGACAAAGGCAGAAGGAUCAGGAAAAACCUGCCAAUGAUAAAACACCGGGAGGAGGCAGCAACGGUGAACGGGAGACGAAGAGUCCAGUCCCAGACCCUGGGAUCACAGGAAGCCGGAAAGACGAAGCCAACUCUGAAAUGAACCUUACAUCAGAGGAAGGCAGCGUCAGUCAGCCGGAAGAGAAGAGCGAUGAGGUCCAAAGUGGAAAGUCUGACGAACAUUCAGAACGAGAGACGGAAACUGGAACCGUCGAUGAAGAAGGACAUCUAAAUGGAACAGGGAGUGCACGGGAUCUUCUACAGACUAUUAUCACUGUGAUAAUAAUGGUCGCUGCACUCGAGUGGCUUGAGUUUCCUCCAUGGAUAGUUGUGAGUAUUGGGUCGAUUGGAGUUUUGCUGGUUGGAAGCACCUGUUAUGGACUACUCGGUUUGAAUGUCUUCAAGGAUGGUUUUGUAUCACUUUUGGCUUUUGUGGCCGUAGAAAUGAUACAAGCGGGUUUGAAGAGACUAGUAAAUAUGUGGAACAGAGUAGCCCCUUUCGCACUCAACCAGACUAAGUCACCAGGGAUUCCAAACCAGUUUCUACGAACAGCUGGCCUCCUUUUCGAAGUGAAGCCCGACAAUCUUGGUUUAUACACAGAUCACAAAAUGAAAGCUGCGGCCGUAUUUGACACCCGAAAGACCUAUAAGCUGUGGUCUAAGUGCAAAGGCUUGGCCUUUAUUCUGAACAACAGGAACUUCCCUCAGAGUCACCUUCAACGGAAAGGCUCAGAGAUCGAUGUGGAGAACGUCAAGCACCUCUUCACAGAACUUGGAUAUGAAAUUAUAUCCUAUGACGAUCUCACAGGACAGGAAAUUACUCGGCGAUUCAAAGACUACGCCUCCUCGUUCAACAAAAAGGGCGCCGAGUACGACUCAGCCGUGGUUGUGUUAAUGAGCCAUGGUGACGAAGGAUUGAUUUACGGCAUAGAUCUGGCAGUUGUGAGACUGAAAGCCUUACAGAGAGAGUUGGAAGCCGAUAACUGCCCCGGGUUGAAAGACAAACCCAAGUUAUACUUCGUGCAAGCAUGCAAUGGAAAGCUGACCACCGCACUCCCAGUUGUCAAAGAUGGUCCUAAUGCUUCUUCUGUGGACCAAGGACCAAUUCAGCAUUACCAUGAGAUACCCCAAGUGCAGCCAGACAAUAUCGAUGAUCGCUACCUGAGGGACCUGGCAGAUGUACACAUAGCUUAUUGCACUACAGAGGGUUAUUAUUCCCUGAGGAGUGAAACCAUCGGUUCCUUCUUCAUCCAAGCCUUGUGCGAAGUGUUCUUUGCGAAUGCUCAUCGGGACAACCUGGAUACCCUCAUGAAUAUGGUAACCGACCGAGUGAACGAUAUGAGAGGCAAGCUCUUCGACCCUGCAACCAAACGUUGGAUUUUGGUUAACCAGACUCCACAGUGUAAAAAGACAUUGCGUAAGGCUUUGUACUUCUUCCCUAAGUACUUCAAAAACGAGUGAUGGCAAGGAGAUUCAAACCUCCGUAUGCCAACCAGCCUCCUAGAGUUUGCCCACUGGCCCUUCUUUUCUGAAAAAGAGUUGGGUUUGAAGAAAUUGAACUCCUGACAUCUGUGCUGAAGCCACAAAAAUUGUGUCAGUUCUGGGAUUCUUCUAAAAUGUCUCGAUGCGUUGUGUUGAAUCGAGAAGGAACAAACAGUCCGCUUCUCCUCUCUGAUUGUGAAAUUUGUUGCGAAGGUUUGUAAUUAAACAGAGCAAAUAAAAGGCAGUAAAGGCAAUACGCAUGCAUGUUAUAAAAGCUUUGGUAGUUGCAAAUUUUAUCUAUUUUACCGGUGAAAGUAGACUAAACUGAUGCAUAGGCGCAGUUUCCAUUUGUUACCCAUUACAGCAAUAUUGGUCAUCAUGCAUUACCAAGAUAAUCAUCCCCCCAUUUAUCAAGUCACUGACUUCAUGCGCAUUCAGCUGUACCCCUGCACUUCACCAUUAGGCUCCCUAUGAAGUGGGACCUUGGAACCUGUGCUGUGUCAUGCUCCGCACAAGGAUGACCUUUUAGAAUUCACCCCCCCCCCACUAUGUGACAAGAAUUCUCCGCCCGUGGGUAUCAUUAUUUUGAAACUUAGCUUUGAAGUUAUGCAAUUAGAAGCACAGCGUUGAAAAAAGGUGCCAUUUAUCGUGCUAGCGUAAUUUUCCAUGACUGCAUGGUGUAUCAGCGGCAAAUAGCUCAACGUUUGUUGAGAAUUAAUCACAUUCUACACGUUUUUAACCAGAUUACAAACAUUCAUCAUAAUAUUAAGUGUCUCUGUCUUCCACUGAAAUUUGAGAAUGCUAUAAGAGUGUUUUUCAUUUUACUUUGAAUUUGGUCUGAAAAUUUCAAGUUGCAGACUAAUCCAGUACUGUUCCCGCAGUACUGCUUAGAAAAUAUUUUGUAAAAACAGCAGGCAAGGUACGUCCGCAGUUCUUGGGUUAAUGGGCAGGUCACAUGAUCGGAUCCUUCUGUAUGUAGAUGAUGCAAUAUAAAGUGAAGGAAUCACCAGGAAUUGUGGUACUGUUGUUGGUAUACGUGCAGUUCCUUUAAUAAGAAAUGCAUUUUCAAGAUAACAAGUCGCUUCACCAUGUUAAAUAUACUGGAAAAUUCUGUCGAAAGUUUAUUUGCCCCAGACUUCAGGUGAAGAUAAUGUGCACACAUUCAUGAAGAGAAGUACUUCAAGUACAGCAGGAUACUAAUGUUCUGAACCAAACAGUAAUUGAUUAGAUAAGUGGCUUUUUAACAACCGUUUAGUAGGCCUACAGAACUGAGACUUAUUCUUGUAAUUGUUUAUGACCGCAUUUUCUUACACUGAUAUUCCAAUAAAAUAUUUGUAAUCGGAAGUAUUUGUAAAGAAUAAUAAAGAAUACAAUUUUGAGCUUUCGCUGUACAUAGCAGCUGGCUGCAAAAU